AUGGGGUAUAUUUGUAUGUCAAGGCUGCCAUUACGCUGUUUAAAGUGGCCAUUGAAAUGAAUGAAAUACAUAUAUACCGGUGUGUCCUAGCCCACACACCUCAUCUACCCUGCACGAGAGCAGCAACCUCCCCCCACCUCCAUGCGUAAAUGAUGUAGGACCUCCAUUUUUUUUUGUUGAAAUUCUCCAACCGGUGAAUUUACUGUUCGGCAACCUUCCUCAUCGUCGUCAUCCUCCUCCUCCUCGUCACCAUCAUCACCACCUCCAAGCUGCAUCUGAGGAAGAAGAAGAAGACGACGACGAGCAGCGGGUUGUGACGGAGGAGAAAAGAUGGACGUCACCGACCAGGGCGCUCAAAUGGAGCCGCUUUUGCCAUCGGAACAAAGCGCUCAGGAAAACAAAAGUGUGAGGGCUGACGAGGAAGCGGUGGUGGAUCGGGGCGGAACGCGCUCCAUGCUCAACACCAACUUUGAGAAAGAAGAACUGGAAGGUCAUCGCACCCUGUACAUCGGCGUGCACGUCCCUCUGGGUCGGAGAUCGCAUCGCCGCCACCGCCACCACGGCCAUCGGCACAGGAAGCGGUCCAAGGAGAGGGACUCGCCGGCCGACGACGGCCGAGAAUCCCCCUCGCACAAAGAUACGCCGGCUCAGAGGGUGCAGUUCCUGUUGGGGACAGAGGAUGGCGACGAGGAGCACAUCCCACACGCCCUGUUCACCGAGCUGGACGAAAUCUGCCUCAGAGAGGGGGAGGACGCGGAAUGGAAGGAGACCGCCAGGUGGCUGAAGUUUGAGGAGGAUGUGGAGGACGGCGGCGAAAGAUGGAGCAAGCCGUACGUGGCCACGCUGUCUCUCCACAGUCUGUUUGAACUCCGCAGCUGCAUCAUGAACGGCACCGUCAUGCUGGACAUGAGAGCUCAUUCGCUGGAGGAGAUUGCUGAUAUGGUCCUGGAUCAGCACGAAGUGUCGGGCCCGGUGGGUCAGGAUGCCAGGAGGAGGAUCCGUGAGGCCCUGCUCAAGCAGCAUCACCACCAGAACCACAAGAAACUCGCCAACCGCAUCCCCAUCGUGCGCUCCUUCGCAGACAUCGGCAAGAAGCAGUCGGAACCGCAUUCCAUGGACAAGAACGGCCAAACCGUUUCACCGCAGUCCCAGCCGGCCAGCACCGAAGGCAAACAAGACGUGAGCAGGGAAAACAGCGCGGUGGACUUCAGCAAGAUUGACCUUCACUUCAUGAAGAAAAUCCCACCCGGCGCCGAGGCGUCCAACGUCUUGGUCGGGGAGCUGGAGUUCCUCGAGCGUCCCGUGGUGGCCUUUGUGCGCCUGGCUCCCGCCGUGCUGCUCAACGGCCUUGCCGAGGUUCCCAUCACCACCAGGUUCCUUUUCAUCCUCCUCGGGCCUUUGGGAAAAGGUCCGCAGUACCAUGAAAUCGGGCGGUCCAUUGCCACCCUGAUGACUGACGAGGUUUUCCAUGACGUGGCGUAUAAAGCCAAAGACAGAAACGACCUGGUCGCCGGCAUCGAUGAGUUCCUGGACCAAGUGACCGUGUUGCCCCCUGGAGAGUGGGACCCCUCCAUCAGAAUAGAACCUCCCAAGAAUGUGCCCUCCCAGGAAAAGCGUAAGAUUCCUCCUGUUCCCAACGGAGUCACUGACCUCGUGGAGUCGGGGGAGCAUGGAGGCCACGGCGGCCCUGAGCUCCAGCGCACUGGAAAGCUCUUUGGUGGCUUCGUCAUGGACAUCAAGAGAAAGGCGCCUCACUACCUUUCCGACUACACUGACGCCAUCAGCCUGCAGUGUCUGGCCUCUUUCCUUUUCCUUUACUGCGCCUGCAUGUCACCCGUUAUCACCUUUGGCGGUCUCCUCGGCGAGGCCACCGAAGGACGUGUGAGCGCUAUCGAGUCUUUAUUCGGGGCGUCCAUGACCGGUAUUGCCUACUCGCUCUUUGCCGGGCAGCCUCUGACCAUCCUUGGCAGCACAGGUCCGGUUCUUGUGUUUGAGAAGAUUCUCUUCAAGUUCUGCAAGGACUACGGGCUGUCCUACCUGUCCCUGAGGGCCUGCAUCGGCUUGUGGACGUCCUUCUUCUGCCUCCUGCUGGUGGCCACCGACGCCAGCUCGCUGGUCUGCUACAUCACGCGCUUCACGGAGGAAGCCUUUGCCGCCCUCAUCUGCAUCAUCUUCAUCUACGAGGCGCUGGAGAAGCUCCUCCACCUGGGCGUGCACUACCCCAUCAAUAAGAACAACAACCUUCAGAAGCUGACGCAGUACUCGUGCGCUUGCGUGGAACCCAGCCAUCCCAGCAACGAGACGCUGCGGUUGUGGGAGAAGAGGAACGUCACGGCCGCCCAUGUCAACUGGACCAUGUUGGACGUUAAGGAGUGCGAAGAGCUGCACGGGGAAUUUCAUGGCAGCGCCUGCGGCCCCCACGGCCCUUACAUCCCCGACGUCCUCUUCUGGUGCGUGGUCCUCUUCUUCUCCACCGUCUUCAUGUCCGCCUUCCUCAAGGAGUUCAAGACCAGGCGCUACUUCCCUACCAAGGUGCGGGCCAUCAUCAGCGACUUUGCCGUUUUCAUCACCAUCCUCACCAUGGUUCUGGUGGACUACGCUCUGGGAAUCCCCUCGCCCAAACUUCAAGUUCCCAGCAAGUUUAAACCAACCAGAGAUGAUCGUGGCUGGGUCAUCAACCCCGUCGGGCCUAACCCGUGGUGGACCACCAUCAUCACCUUCAUCCCCGCUCUCCUGUGCACCAUCCUCAUCUUCAUGGACCAACAGAUCACGGCAGUCAUCAUCAACAGGAAGGAGCACAAAUUGAAGAAAGGCUGCGGCUACCACCUGGACCUGUUCGUGGUCGGGCUGAUGCUGGGCGUGUGCUCGGUGAUGGGCCUGCCGUGGUUCGUGGCGGCCACCGUGCUCUCCAUCUCCCACGUCAACAGCUUGAAGCUGGAGUCCGAGUGCUCGGCUCCCGGCGAGCAGCCCAAGUUCCUGGGCAUCCGCGAGCAGCGCUUCACCGGCCUCAUGAUCUUCACCCUGAUGGGCUGCUCCGUCUUCAUGACCUCCGUGCUGAAGUUCAUUCCGAUGCCGGUGCUCUACGGGGUCUUUCUCUACAUGGGGGCGUCCUCGCUUCGAGGCAUUCAGUUCUUUGAUCGGCUGAAGCUGUUCGGGAUGCCGGCUAAACACCAGCCAGACUUCAUUUACCUUCGCCACGUCCCGCUGAGGAAGGUGCACCUCUUCACCAUCGUCCAGCUCAGCUGUUUGGUGCUGCUGUGGGUCAUCAAGACCUCCAAGGCCGCCAUUGUUUUCCCAAUGAUGGUCUUGGCACUGGUCUUCAUCCGGAAGCUUCUGGACUUCAUCUUCACCAAGAGGGAGCUGAGCUGGCUGGAUGACUUGAUGCCAGAGUGGAAGAAGAAGAAGCUGGAGGAUGCUGCACAAGAGGAGGAGCACAGCAUGAUUGCAGAAGAAGAAGGCAUUGUUCAGGUGCCACUUGAGGCUCACCUCAAGAGCGACCCAGCGACAGUCAACAUCACAGACGAGAUGUCCAAAGGCUCUUUUGGGGACGUAUGGAAAAGCGUGAACCCCGUGGAAAAGGAUCCGGCUGCUAAAAGGUUUCCCAAAAGUGGCGAGAAGCGUCACAAGCGUCGGCGGCACGACAAGAGCUUGGACCGGGAGACGAGUUUGUGAUGACACACACCGGCAGACCGUGCCGUCAUUCUGUCAUUUCUGUGUUAUUAAUGAUAUAUAUAUAUAAUAUAUAUAUAAUAUAUACUAUAUAUAUAAAUACUGUGCCACAUUUGUACUGUGAUACACUGUAUUUUUUUUUGUCUUACCCGUCCUGCGUGCAAGAUUUGUACAAAAGGUCCAACUAGAAACGAGCCCAUGCACGUUUGUGCACAACCAGCAACAAAACCCAACGGGCCAAGUAAGUGACACCUUUUGAGUAUCGGGAAUUGUGUUUUAUAGAUUUUUAUGCUUGGCAAAACAAACAAGCAAGCAAACUGCUGCCUGGCUAAAUUGCUUAUUUUGUGUGCUGCUGCACGCGGUUUCCCUCAAGUCUGGAUGGAUAAGACCUCAUUCCAAAUUUUAAAACGUGCCAUGGGAUACACAUAUUUGAUCAUUAAUUGUGGAAAACAGAAUUACUUUUUAAAAAUGUAAUAAAUAGAAAAACAUCAUGAAAGAAUAAGAACUAUGUAUAUAAAUAUGACUAGAAUUAAAUGAAUACAUUUAAAACAUAUAUGAAUUAUAUGGCAUUUAUAAUUAAAAAUGAUAUAUAUCGGGGGUGUCCACAAACCGUCCCACUUUGGGAUGCCAGUUUGCCAUUUUCAUAUUUUGAAAUGCAUCUCAGCUUUGUCAUGCAGCUGAAAAACCAUAAUAAUAUCAGCUUUUUCAACUUUCUUCUCGGAAUAUUAUGACUUUAUUCCCAUAUUGCAACUUUUUCCCCAAGCUUGUUUUCCAAAAAUGACAUUAAUAUUUCAUCUUUAUGCUACUAAAAUGAGGUUAUUUUUCCUCAUAAUAUUACAAGUUUAGUCUCGGAAAAUUGCGACUUUUUUUCCUCUUAAGAACACAACUUUUUUUUCUCCUAAUAUUUGACUUUAUUCUCGUAAAUUGACUGUUUUCCCCCAUUUUUGCUGUUGUUUUUCUGUAAUUUUUGGACUAUUGCAACUUUCGUGGAAAUAUUUGUCUUGUAAUAGUAUGAUUUUAUUCCCAUAAUAUUACAACUUUGUCACCAAGCUCAUUUUCCAAAUAUGACAACUUUAUAUUGUUUUGUUUCUCAUAAUAUUACUUUAAAAAAUAUAUCAAUUUCAGCUCUAUGCUACUAAAAUGACAUAUUAUUUUCCUCACAGUAUUACAAGUUUAUUUUCUUUUUUCUCUUUAGAAUACAACAACAAAAUAUUUAGAUUUUAUUCUCCUAAAAUCACAGCUGUUUUUCCCAUUUUUGCUGUUGUUUUUCUGUCAUUUUGUUCUACUUGCAGUUAUAACUUUAUUCCCAGAAUAUUUUGCUGUUAUUCCCACAAGAAUAUAACUUUUCCCCAAACUAAUUUUCCAAAAAUGACAACUUUAUUUUGUUUUAUUUCUCAUAAUACUACAACUUAAGAAGAAACUUUUUUAUUUAACAUUUCAAGUUCAUGCGACUAAAAUGAUGUUAUUUUUACUCAUAUUACGACUUUUCUUGUUAGAUUACAACUCUUUUCUCUUAAUAUUGUAAUUUUAUUCUUGUAAAAAGACGGCUGAUUUUUCCAUUUUUGCUGCUGUUUUUUUUUUUGUUUUCCUGUUAAAUUAUAUUUUUUGAAUGUGCUGCAGGCGCCAAUAAAAUAAAACAGCCAUGUGCUGCACUUUGGACACCCCUGAUAUACAUACAUACAUACAUACAUAUAUAUAUAUAUAUAUAUAUAUAUAUAUAUAUAUAUAUAUAUAUAUAUAUACAGUACAGUAAUUCCUCGCCACUUAGAGCUUCAAAUUUCGCGUCGUCACUCCAUCAUGUUUUUCCAAAAACAUACUCAUGCGGGUUUGGGGUUGAAUACGUCCUAUUAUUCAUCAAGAAAUAUGAAUAUUUAAGCAAAUUUUAUGUAUUUUUUUGUCUAAAGGAAGCAUUUUCUCUAAGCGAAAUCAAAUAUAAAUCUAAGGCAUUCAGAAGACACAUUCAAAGAGGUUGUGAUAUUUGGUAUUCUACACGGGCCACUAGGUGUCCAGUAAUGUUUCAUUGAUGAGACAAUAGCCACCGCAGGAAGCACUGCACAAAGCAGAAAGUUUGAAACAACAACCACAAGGAUGCUAUCAUGUGUCUUACUAUGUCUCCUAUAUUGGCUAAUAGGAGUGUAAAGAUGACUACAGGUAUAGGGGUGCUAUUUCAUGUCUAGAGGGCUUUAAUGUCAAAAAGUAUAUUUAGAAGGUUGGAAACCGGUUUCAUAUGUCUUAUAUGUUUUAUUUUCCCUUAUUAUGUUUACUAUAUUGGGUUAUAGCAGUGUAAAGGUGACUAUAGGGGUGUUACUUCAUGUCUGGAGGGCUGUAAUGAUGCUAAAAAGCAUAUUUAGAAGUUGGUAAACAGGUUUUUUAUGUCUUACAUGUCUUAUUUUCUCUUAUUAUGUUUACUAUAUUGGGUUAUAGGAGUGUAAAGGUGACUAUAGGGGUGUUACUUCAUGUCUGGAGGGCUCUAAUGAUGCUAAAAAGCAUAUUUAGAAGGUGGUAAACAGGUUUUUUAUGUCUUACAUGUCUUAUUUUCUCUUAUUAUGUCUACUAUAUUGGGUUAUAGGAGUGUAAAGGUGACUAUAAGGGUGUUACUUCAUAUCUGGAGGGCUCUAAUGAUGCUAAAAAGCAUAUUUAGAAGGUGGUAAACAGGUUUUUUAUGUCUUACAUGUCUUAUUUUCUCUUAUUAUGUCUACUAUAUUGGGUUAUAGGAGUGUAAAGGUGACUAUAAGGGUGUUAUUUUACGUCUAGAGGGCUCAAAUGUUAAAAAGCAUAUGUACGUAGAAGGCGGUGGUGGUUUCCUAUGCGCUACCAAAAUAUUCCAUUCUUAAAUAAGCUUUUGUAUUUUGUGUAAAUGGGCCUAUCACGGUCGGGCCUGGAAGCGAUGAAGCGCCAUAAACGAGGGAUGACUGCACUGUACAUACAAGUAUAAGCGUAUCAUGUCCAGACUUGAGGGACACUAAAAGGAUGACAUGAAAUUGGAUAUCCAGUAUAUCCUGCAUACGUAAUCGUUUGUGUCGGUAACUCACCAUUUCUUUAUUUUUGACAUGCCGUUUCCCAAAUAUUGUCCUUUUUCAGGGUAGCGUGUUCACUCGGCCCGCAGCACUUUUGGGAAGUUGCUCUUCUUACGACUCGGUGUUUGUUUUGGUUUGAAUGCAAAGGAGGCGGAUCUUGUAGAGAAAGCGUGAGCACUUCCAUCACACCUUGUCAGUCGUCCAUGGACCCACGUAUGCGCUCCUCCGUGCUGUUGCCGUUCUUUAAUAAACACACCGUCGGUACUUUUAGAGAUGCAAUAAUAAAAAUAAAAAAAUCAGCAAAGGGCAACCUGUAAUAUGUGUUAACUGUCUGAGCAAUGUAUAGUAAUACAUGCUGUAUUUUAUUCCGUGUUACUAAUAAUAUAUGACUAAAAUGAUGUCCAGGGCAGGUUUUGAACCUACACUAGAUGUUUCUUUCCUGUUGUCCAACUAACGCUUCUUUCUUUAUUAAACAAAUUCUGAUUUUUUUUUUUUUGCCUUAAGACGUUCAUAGAUGGUAACCACGCGCUUUCUGUUCAUAAAUUUGACUGAUUAUACCGUGAUUUAGUUCCAGUUUGUUUGUAAAACUGUCAUUUGUUUGCAGAGAAUGAGAAGGAAGCGAGCAAGAGUGUGUAGAAAAUGUUCAAUAAACUUAUUUCAUGUU